AUGACCUCAGUGGGGUUAAAGCUUAACUUCGACUCACUCUCAGUGCUGAAGAAGUCCGUUUAUAAUGCCAACUUUAAGCAGUGCGUCCUGAAUGCAGAGCGCUUCCCCGGGGAGCCGCAGCUGGUCCUGGUGGUGCAAGUCCACAACAGACCCGAGUACCUCAAACUGCUCAUAGAGUCACUGCACAAGGCUGCAGAGGAUCCACUGGACUGUCCUCGUGACAUCGCCAAGGACAAAGCUUUGCAAACAGGAUGCUUAAAUGCACAACACCCAGACUCGUAUGGCCACUAUAGGGAAGCCUUCAUCACUCAGACCAAGCACCACUGGUGGUGGAAGCUGCACUAUGUGUGGGAGCGUGUGCAUGUGAUGCAAGGGUACAGUGGCUUUGUCAUCUUUUUAGAAGAGGAUAACUACCUCUUACCAGACUUUUAUCAUUUCUAUAAAGCAAUGAUUGAGUUCAGACAGAGCAGCUGUACAGACUGUGACAUGCUGGCCUUGGGAAAUCACAAUGGUUAUAAUAACUUUAUCAGAGAGUCUAACAAAGUGAUGACCACAAGCUGGAUGUCCACCAAGCACAACAUUGGCAUGGGCAUCUCCCGGCAGAUGUACUACAAACUCAUGGGCUGUAAUGACGCUUUCUGCACUUAUGAUGAUUAUAACUGGGACUGGACCCUGCAACACCUUUCUGGGACCUGCGUGUCCAAACCCAUCAAAGUGCUGGUGGCCCAAGGCUCACGGGUCAUGCACACCGGAGACUGUGGGCUGCACCAUAAGGAUGACUGCAGACCGGAGUGGGCCAUGCAGCGAGUGGAGGAGAGCCUGGAGAGGUCCCAAGGACGGCCUGUUCCCUGCCUCUCUGACUCUGACCACUGCAGAGGUGGCAGAACACAAGGCCCACAUGAAGAACGGAGGUUGGGGAGAUGUCCGGGACCACAGUCUGGGACGCAGCUCCCACUACGCGCCCUGAGUGGAGAUGGUGCAGACAAGCCCGGGGCGAGGCCUGGCGCGGUAGACACUCCGAGCCUGAGCCAUCGUGUGGAGGUCGCCGAGUCGGAGAAGAUGAGGUUCCGGGUGCUCAAGAAGAACCUCCUCGUACUGCUUGGAGUUUCCUUCGUAAUCCUUACACUUUUGUUUUCUACGCGCGUGUUGAUGGUCCCCGAUUGGGACACAGAGUCUAACACUCCACACAGCCAAACCUCUGGCUCUGGUGACGCGUUAAAGCUUAACUUCGACUCACUCUCAGUGCUGAAGAAGUCCGUUUAUAAUGCCAACUUUAAGCAGUGCGUCCUGAAUGCAGAGCGCUUCCCCGGGGAGCCGCAGCUGGUCCUGGUGGUGCAAGUCCACAACAGACCCGAGUACCUCAAACUGCUCAUAGAGUCACUGCACAAGGCUGCAGAGGUGCACAGCUUCCUUCUUAUCUUCAGUCAUGACUACUUUUCUGAGGAAAUCAACUCUAUUGUGCAAAGCAUUACUUUUUGCAAAGUCUUGCAAAUCUAUUUCCCUUUCAGUGCACAACUCUAUCCAAAUGAGUUUCCUGGACAGGAUCCACUGGACUGUCCUCGUGACAUCGCCAAGGACAAAGCUUUGCAAACAGGAUGCUUAAAUGCACAACACCCAGACUCGUAUGGCCACUAUAGGGAAGCCUUCAUCACUCAGACCAAGCACCACUGGUGGUGGAAGCUGCACUAUGUGUGGGAGCGUGUGCAUGUGAUGCAAGGGUACAGUGGCUUUGUCAUCUUUUUAGAAGAGGAUAACUACCUCUUACCAGACUUUUAUCAUUUCUAUAAAGCAAUGAUUGAGUUCAGACAGAGCAGCUGUACAGACUGUGACAUGCUGGCCUUGGGAAAUCACAAUGGUUAUAAUAACUUUAUCAGAGAGUCUAACAAAGUGAUGACCACAAGCUGGAUGUCCACCAAGCACAACAUUGGCAUGGGCAUCUCCCGGCAGAUGUACUACAAACUCAUGGGCUGUAAUGACGCUUUCUGCACUUAUGAUGAUUAUAACUGGGACUGGACCCUGCAACACCUUUCUGGGACCUGCGUGUCCAAACCCAUCAAAGUGCUGGUGGCCCAAGGCUCACGGGUCAUGCACACCGGAGACUGUGGGCUGCACCAUAAGGAUGACUGCAGACCGGAGUGGGCCAUGCAGCGAGUGGAGGAGAGCCUGGAGAGGUCCAAGGACGGCCUGUUCCCUGCCUCUCUGACUCUGACCACUGCAGAGGUGGCAGAACACAAGGCCCACAUGAAGAACGGAGGUUGGGGAGAUGUCCGGGACCACAGUCUAUUUAACACAUCUGUGAUAUUCAACGCGGCGAUCAAAGGUGUGUCCACGUCUAGAAUGGCUCAUUGGUUUCACAGAAACCCUCUGAAGGCGACAGCGCCUGUUUCUUUCAACUACUACGGAGUAGCGGGGAGUCCAGCUGCCAAUAAGAUCUGCAAUGACCUGAGGACCACCAGGGCUAGACUGCUGGACAUGUUCACUGACAUCACCUGCACUCCAGAGAUCAUGAAAAAUGCAACUGAUGCAUAUUUCUCACUGCUGCAAGGCUUUAUUUCUUCUCUGGAUGGAAGCACACAAGACAACAAGAUGCGUUACAUUCAGAAUUUUAAAUGGACUGACACCUUACAAGGAAACACACCAAGUGCUCAGCAGGACAUGGUGUUUGAGUUGGUCUCUAUGGCAUUCAAUGUUGCUCUUUGGUACACCAAGUUUGCUUCCAGACUCGCUGGAAAGGAAAACAUAACUGAGCCAGAGGCCAAAGAUGUGCACCGGAGUCUCAAGGUGGCAGCUGGAAUUUUCAUAAAUCUCAAGGAGCUGCAUAUUCCUCGACUCAUCACUCCGGCAGAGAAAGGCAAAGACCUGGAGCCAAGGGUUAUGGACGCUUACAUCAUUCAGUGCCAGGCAGAAGCACAGGAAGUCACGAUUGCCAGAGCCAUUGAGUUGAAACACAAAGCUACGCUAAUUGCAGCAUUGGCGUAUGAGACGGCUAACUUCUAUCAAAAGGCUGAUCACACCUUAAACACUCUGGAGCCUGAAUGUAGCAGCAAGUGGAGGAAGUACUUGCAGCUCAAACAGCAUUUCUACAUGGCUUAUGCCUACUGCUAUCAUGGACAGACCCUCUUGGCGGGCGACAAGUGUGGAGAAGCUAUUCGAUCCCUUCAGGAAGCAGAAAAAUGUUAUGCCCGGGCCGAGUCUCUGUGUAAAGAGUAUCGUCAGACAAAAGGACCAGGGACCACAGCGAAACCCUCCGAGCAGCUGUUCUUCAUCAAACUGGGAGGAGUCAUCAAGAACACUCUGGAGAAGUGUCAGAGGGAGAACGGAUUCAUAUACUUCCACAAGGUUCCCGUGGAGCCGCCGUCGCUGGAGCUGAAGGCCAGCUACGGUUUGGCUGAGCCGGUGUGCUUUGAGCUGCCUCCUCUGAGCGAGCAGUGCACUCCAGAGGUCUAUGCCACGUUCGACCUGACGAGAGGCGCCAAGAAUGACAAGGCCAAACCUAAAGAAGAGGAGGUGAAGCCAGUGAAGGAGCCGGACCUCAAGCCAGAGAAGGACACGGGCUGUUCCAUCUCCUAA